AUUAUCCAACCAAAAUCUCAGAAUCUGUUAUGUGGAUGAGAUUCUCUAGUGGAUGACUGGAUGUCACAGCACCAACACAAAAGAUCACUACACUACUACGCUACAACACUCUUGGGCUACAUGCACAACACUACUACUACUACAACCAACCAUGCAAACCUCUUUCUCACUCUCUCUCCACGCCUUGCAAAUUUGGCUCAACUAAACAGGUUCCACCUAGGAGGAGACACUAUUUUAACCAUAUGUCUUGAGAACAUAAAGCUGAGGAAGAAAGUGAGAUAUAGGCCUUCUGGCCUUUCUGUAUGGUACAGUAGCCAGACACAAGUCCGGCCUAAGCAGGAAAGUGGUACAAGAACAUAUUGAAAAGCAGGUUGAGAGAUAUUGGGAGUUUUUUUUUUUUCUGGGAAAGUCCAUACUGUCAUCAUGGGUAAGCGCCAAGGAAAAAUCACUAGCAAGAAAAGAAUUGAAGCAUCACGAAUCAUGGAACCAUAUGUCCACAAAGAGGACCAAUUACAUUCAAUGUCAACUUCUGUAGAUUCGCAAACUAAAUCCAACUGCCCUGUUUGUUUGGGCAACCUCGGUUGCCCAACAGUGCGUUCAAGAACAAAAUUGAUGAGUAUUUUGAUAGAAAAGGGGAAGCCUCAAGAAGCCCAUUCCAUUUUCAACAGUAUUACAGAAGAAGGACACAGACCAACUCUUAUAACGUAUACAACUCUUGUAGCUGCCUUGACCCUUCAAAAGUGUUUCAAGUCCAUUCCUUUACUCAUAUCUAAAGUGGAAGAGAAUGGACUGAAGCCAGAUUCAAUAUUGUUUAAUGCCAUGAUCAAUGCUUUCUGUGAAGCUGGAAAUGUUAAGGAAGCAAUGAAAAUUUUGCACAGGAUGAAGCGGUGUGGAUGUAAGCCCACAACCAGGACUUUCAACGCCCUAAUUAAGGGGUAUGGAAUUGUUGGUAAGCCAGAAGAAUCUCUGAAACUGCUAGAGCUAAUGUUGGAGGAAGAAAUGAAACCAAAUGACAGGACAUUUAAUAUUCUAGUUAGAGCCUGGUGUAAUAAGAAGAACAUUACGGAAGCAUGGAAUGUGGUAUAUAGGAUGGUGGCAUCUGGUGUGCAACCUGAUGUUGUCACCUACAACACACUAGCAAGGGCUUAUGCUCAGAAAGGGGAGACAAGUAAGGCUGAAGGAAUGAUAUUGGAGAUGCAAAGAAAUAAAGCAAGGCCUAAUGAGCGUACGUGCGGUAUAAUCAUCAACGGUUAUUGUAAAGAAGGUGAUAUGACAGACGCCUUGAGGUUUGUGUACAGAAUGAAGGAUCUUGGUGUACAUCCAAAUCUUUUUGUUUUCAACUCACUUAUCAAAGGAUUUCUAGACCUUUCAGACAGAAAUGGGGUUAAUGAGGCACUGACAUUGAUGGAAGAAUUUGGGGUCAAACCAGAUGUGAUAACAUUUAGCACCAUAAUGGAUGCAUGGAGCUCAGCCGGGCUCAUGGACAAAGGCAUGAAGAUCUUCAAUGACAUGGUGAAGGCUGGAAUAGAACCUGACAUCCAUGCAUUUAGUAUUCUUGCAAAAGGCUUUGUGCGCUCUGGAGAGCCUGAAAAGGCUGAAUCACUCCUGACUUUCAUGGGCAAAUCUAGUGUACACCCAAAUGUCGUGAUCUUCACUACCAUCAUCAGUGGAUGGUGCAGUGCAGGUAAAAUGGAGCAUGCUUUGAGAGUUUAUGAGAAAAUGUGUCAAAUGGGCAUUCCCCCCAAUUCGAAAACUUUUGAGACUCUAAUAUGGGGAUAUGGAGAAGCAAGACAACCAUGGGAAGCAGAGGAAUUGAUCCAUGUUAUGGAAGAGAAGGGUGUUGUUCCUGAAAAGACCACUAUUCAACUUGUUGCUGAUGCUUGGCGUGCCAUUGGUUUAGUGAAUGAAGCCAUGAGAAUUUUAAAUUAUUCCGAGAAAGAAUGUGAAGUAGUACAAAACUAUAAGAGGGGUGAGAUACCAGAGGAUAGUUUGCAGAUUCAUAAGAAACAAAAUGUUAGUGCUGCUUAUUCUAAUCCUUUGCAGGUACCUAGAGUAGUUGCAACUAAACAAAAUGGGUCAUCUAUUGCUAACAUAAGCAGUAGGUUGGUGCAAAAUGGAUCUGAGAUUUUAUCUGAGAGCAUGCGGAAUGCCACUCUUUCCAUGGUUCUUGCUCAUACAUGUGCAAUUGGUGCAAGGCCAAUGAUUAUAUGUAGGAAGCAGUUUCAAAGUCGGGUUGGGAUAGGCAGGCAUUUUGUAAAUGCAUGUGGAGCAGUGUUUAUAAACUGAUGAGCAAACAAUGUGGCUGCAGUGAUCCUUUCUUGACUAUGAUGAAAUGCUAUCCUAUGAGCAAACAAUGUAGCUGCAGUGAUCCUGUCUUGACUAUGAUGAAAUGCUAUCCUAUGUAGAUAGAUUUAAUGUGGUCACUGAAACUGGGGAUUAGAGAUGAUUAUUUGCUUCAUGAAGCUACAAGCAUACAAAAUUUACAAUUCAUUUGUCAUUUCUUCUUAACACUACCACUAGUUACAGACC